AUGAGCCCUGUGCUGCGGGCAUUCCUGCGGGAGCUCCCAGGCUGGUUCCUGGUCUUUGGGAUCUUCCUGCCGGUGGCGUUGCUGCUGCUCCUUCUCAUUGCCUACUUCAGGGUCAAACUGAUGGAGGUCAAUGAAGAACUGCCCCGGACUCCUGCUCACCAAUACCACCGCAGGACUGCUCCUUACCACAGAAUGAAACACAGGUGA